AUGAGUUGGUUAUUGGACGGGCGUCUGCUGUGGUAUUCCGUCCUGCGUCAAACAAGUGCAUAUACUCUGGAUGACCUUACUAAAUGCCUGUGCCGCUGGGGAAUAAGGUUAUCGACAUGCAAGCGAGUGCGUGUGCAUGACCAGCUGCCCAGAACGUCACUCAGGACAUCCGAACCCGUUCCUUACCGUCGGAAGGGCUUUCAACUGACCAUGGAGGACUUUGCGAGUUAUGUUGAAAGACGGCGACAGCUAUUCAGAAACAGCGACGUUGCUCGGGCUGCUCUUAAACAUGGAGGUCUCAUCUGGCGACUAGCAAUGGAGGAAGUAUCGGAAGAGUAUGUGACAUCUGGUCCAUCCCCGAGAGUGAUGGAAACCGGGGCUUGCCUUCGGACGACGGAGGGCGAGGCACUAUGGGAUGAAAUGUUGAUGGAUGACCAGAUUGAUGUCAUUUGCGGUGUGUACAAGGUGGAAACAGAGGACGAUCGCUACCCUAAGGGUGACCGUCGAGGAAAGCUCACAGAACAUGUGUCUUGGUUUCCCAAGGAUGCGGGUUGGCGAGGCUGUGGGCUCGAUGUGGGCUUUUGGAGUCCUGAUGCGGAAUCUUGGUAUCAACAUAGGCUGGCAAAUUAUCUUGAUGGAGACUUCAAAUGCAAAAAUCAGUCAGAGUGGAAGAGAUCAUUGAAACUGUGGCGGGAUGCCCCCAAACUCGCGGAAGGUCUGGAAAAGGUAUCGCAGGGGUUUCUUCAAUGCCACGUACUGCGUCUUUGUACGUUGAUCGUUCUUAUUUGUUCUUUUUCUCGCAUGUUCUAA